AUGUCGUCCUUGAACGGCUCGUCCUUUGGCGGCCUCAGCCCGACCGUCACCUCGACGGCGACGGCCGAACCGUUCGCAAGCAACCUGCUCUCGUCCUCCAUCUCCUCCCUGUCCUCGUCUACCACCGCCGCCCGCCAUACGUCUCACACAUCCAAGACAUACCGUCAGGCCUCGACCCUCUUUCUGACGCGUCGCCUGCCCGAAGCGCUGACCACGCUGGCGCCGCUCAUCACCCCGCUCGCCGACGGGGAGCCCGCGCCCGUCGCCGGCGCCUCGCGCACCACCCGCAUCAAGGUGUGGAGCCUGUACCUGACCAUUCUCAAUGCCAUUCUCGAGCUGGAAGCCGAAGAGGGCAAGGAUGCCUUUGGCCAUCAGGAAUGGAGGGCCCUCUGCAGCAUGGUCCGCGACGGCACCAUCUGGGAAGACGUCGUCCGGAACGGCUACCACGGUGUCGAGGGAGACGUCGACUCUGACGUCGUCAUCAACCUCGCAACCCUUCUCCUCGCACAUGCGCGCGACCAAACGUUGAACCAGCGCAAGCUGGAGACCUACCUCGCCUCCUCCAACGCGCCCAACCUCGACCUGGCCGGCAAGCUUGCUGGCUCGCCGGCCCCCGGCGGCCGCAUGGGCCAGCGCUACAGGUCCCCAGCCCCAGGCACGAGCGGCGCAAACACGCCGCGGGACCUCAACGCGAGGGUCAAGAUACUCGAGCUCUACACCCUCCACGUGCUGCUGCGGAACAACGAGUGGGAGUACGCGCGCGAGUUCAUCAGCCUCAGCUCCGUCCUCGACGACGAGCGCAGGGAAGCCUUCCUGCAGGCGCUGCAGAGCUUGCAGGACGAGCAGCGGGAGCAGGAGCGGCUGGCCCAGGAGGAGCGCGAGCGGCAGGAGAGCCAGCUGCGGAGGGAGCUCGAAGCGGCGAGGCGGCAGAGGGCCGAGAAUGAAGAGAGGGACAGGAAACGGCUCGAAGAGGAGCGGGUGAGACGGGAAGGGAGCGAAGUCGACUAUGGUAUCGAACAGACGCCCAGCUUCGCGGCAACAGCCAACGGAGAUACGCCCCGGCACAACAAGUUGCAACCGCGGCCAGCGAGAACGUCAUUGUCUCGACCUAACGGCAAUGCUGCCGCGCCGCAGACUUUUACCGCAAAGGCAAGCGUGAUUCUCUCACGGCUGCGCAACCUCAUCGACGAACUCGCCGCCUCUCUGAAUGGCAACCCGGCCCUCGUGAUGAGGCUGCUGGCCUUUAUCAUCGGACUUGUCCUUUUAUUUGGCCACCGGGGCAUCAGGCAGCGGGUGCAACGGAUGCUGGCCGCGUCGUGGAACAAGGUGAAGGCCACGGCAGGCAUGGGCACCAAGGUCAGCUACAUCUAA